AAUUAUCACUUUGCUUUGAUAUUGAUCUUAUGAAAUCACAUUUCUUGCUAAUACCAUAAAACAUGGACGCGAUGGUUAGGUAGGGGAAUAACAUGUAUUAUCCUUGUUGACUUUAGGUACCUACUUAUGCAAGUAUGGAAAUUAAUUAUUAGGUUUUUCAUUUCAUUUGAUAGAAGCUCGAGCAACAUAUAUCAACAAAACAUAUACUUAGCGCUAACAUAUUAAGUUAAAAAAUAAAACUGACAUGAAGUACAUAAUGUUUCUUUUAUUUAUUCAAUGUGGCUGCGGUCGAAUGACGUUUGAAGUUGUUGAAUCUAUUUAAGGAAAACACAAUGUCGAUGUAAUUUUAUUAAUUUUUAACGUAGGUCUACUACUGUCUAAUUCAGAGGGCACUGAUAUUACUUUGUUGUUUUUUUAACAGAAUCGGAACUGUAUACGAGGAUGUCACUGCAGAUGUACUGGGCAAAGUUGGUGCUUGGCAAUGGUUGGUUGUGUUACUUUGUUCAAUGCUCACGUUGCCAUCCCUGUUCCAUGGGUACGAAGAUAUGCUCCUGUUAACUCAUUCCGGUGAGGUGACCUGUAUUCCACCAGAACGAUAUGAAGUGUACAACAAUAGUUUAUGUACUGUCGUGUCCAUCGGUAAUGAUACUAACCAAAUGAAAUGCAACAGAUGGCAAGCUAAGUUAUUAUGGUUGAUUUGGCUGAAGAAAUCGUGGCUCGUAUUUUGUGAAAAUAAAAUAAAACACUUAUCGGCAACAAUGAUAUAUCGAAUGGGCUUGACGUUUGGAUGUGUAAUGUUCGGAGUUAUUGCUGACAGGUAUGCCUAUUUAUUGUAUAUUUUAAGGUAAAACCUUAUUAAUGUCCCCACUGCUAGAGCACAGGCUUUCCCUAUGGAUGGAAUAGGGAGAUGGCACCAUAACCCACCACGCUGACCCAGUGCGGAUUGGUGGGUGUUAACGACUGCAGAUGCAGCCGAGACCAACGGCUUAAUGUGCCUUCCGAAGCACGGAGGAGUUCGAGAUAGUAAAUUUUUGGUCAUCCGUCCAAUGACCGACUACUGCAAAAGUUGCUCAACUUCAACAACCGCAACCGAACGCGCCAACUAAUUGCGCAAUCGAGGUCCCCAAAACUUCGUCACUUUUGUUCAUCUUUAGCAAGUCGCAUUACUGUUCUUUGUUGUUAUUAAAAAUUCAGACCUUUGAACAAGCAUCCUCGGUUUAGUGGAAGAGUGUUCGUCAGCCACGAGGGCGACCCGGGUUCGGUUCCCAGCCAAGGGAGGACUAUGUUUUUAUUUCCUAGUUUUUAUAAGCCGAAGUAACAUCAACUUGGAAUAAUUUUCGGAAAAUUUUCAUUUCAUUGCUUACGAUCCAAAAUAAAAAUGCGUCGAUGUAACACUUUAAAAGUUUCACCUGCAUCGCGGUUUUUUAAGCUUUGUUUUCGAGUCCACUUAUAUAAGUUCAUUACCUGAUAUUUUUGUUUUGCUGUUCAACAAAAAAGAGGCUCGAGUUGGUAAUCCACAUACCAGGUAUGAAUGUAAACUUUUUAGCUUUAUAUAUUGUAUUGUAUUUUUUUAACUGGUAGUAAAACUAAAAAAUGUUGAUUCCUAAGGUAAGUCGUUAGUCUCAAUAUACCAAUAUUUCCAAUAUACCUGUGUAAAAAUGUUAUUAAACAGAAGAAAGCAGGGUUGGCAAUGUUUAAAAGUAAAUAAAAAAAUACAUAGUUGCAUUUAAACACGUUUUAAAACAUAUUAUAGAUAAAACAUUAAGAUUAACAACAUUAUGAUUAAUCUUAAUUAAUAUUUCUCUUAUUAAAAAAAAUAAGUAACUAAAUUUUUAGGUACCUAACUGCCUAACUAUAUUCUGUAAAUUGUGAUCGCAUUUCCGAUUGAUGGGGAUUACCCGAGCAAAAUACAAUAAGUGCACGAAUGAAUUAAUGAAUAAGACCAGUGGUCCCGGUCCCAAAUCACUACCGACUCAAUUACGAGUCGAGUCUACUUAUAUUGCGGGGAUUUUUCUUGUUGCUAUUGUUAGAUUAUUUAGUCACAAAAGAAUUCAACUUUUAAGUGUUGGAAGAAGAACCGCUUUAAUGGUGGAGGUGUUUGCUCAACUGUUUCUAGGAUCAAUAUUGACAUUCUGCGACUCCCUAGCCUGGUUCCAAUUGCUCGUGUUCCUGAAGUCAUUGUUUGGUGGCGCUAACUUUUUUGUUGGAAUCAUUUUAGCGUGUGAGGUGGCGAGCAAUGAGUGGCGAUCACGUUUUAAUACGAUUGUCUCCUCAUCUCGACUAACUGCCAUUAUUUGUAUGGUGCCUUUGGCCAAUUCUGUGCCGAAUUUGGAAACUCUUAGUUGUAUUGCUACUCUCUACACGUUCUUACUCGUGAUAAUUCUAAGAUUAUUGCCGGAAUCACCACAGUGGUUGCUGUAUAACAGGAAAAUAUUUGUAGCGGAGAAAAUUUUAUAUCACGCGGCGAAGAAAAAUGGACAAAAACUGUGCAGCCAAUUCAAAAUUAGACCUGUCAAUCACAGAGUACGUCUGCUUACAAUUCGUUAGACGAAACUCGGACUUGUGCUGAAAUAUUAAUGACCUACAAUAUCAGAAUCACGGUUUUAGUAACAUUGCUGAUGUGGUGGUUGUUUUGCUUCCAAUGGAGCUAUCUAUACGUUAAAGUGUAUAAAGGAAAUGCGAAACAAUUAUUAACUACGUUGUUGUGCUUUAUCGCUCUUUUUUGCGUCUUAACAUACUUGUUAUCGAAAAAGUUAAUACUUCGACACUUGUUACUUAUAAAUAUAUUAAUGUUUGGGACAUCGUCUUCUUCAGAGAUAGUAUUCGGUCAUAUAAUAUCCCAUUUGUUCUCAUCAAUAGCGUUAUCGUCAGGCGUAAUUGUGUACGCCCUUUUAAUGAACAUAACUCCUCGCCUAUUCGCUAUGAGAUUAAGGGCCACUUUAUUUGGUUGCUGUCAUGCUGUUGGCCAACUGGGAACUAUGAUAAGCUACCUAGUGUUUGCCUUCUUACCACUAAACAACAUGAUAUAUGUGGCUGUAAACAUGGCAGUCACGAUGGCUUUAGCCACUCUGACAUUCACACUAGUCGAUGUCGAUGGCCGGGAGCUGCCAGAUUUGAUUGAAGAUAUGGAUUAUUUCUCCGAGUAUGUACCUGACUAAACUAAUACUGAUAUAAUGUAUUAGUAGUCUGUGUCUUCAAUCAGGAACUAUUGGUAGUUACCAUUAAUUUAGCGGAGCCAAAUUGUUCUUAAUAUUAUUUGGUACUUAUUGUUUUUUUAUUAUUUGCUUCGUUUCUUGUUUAAAAGAUAUAAUAAGUAAACUGUGGUCCCGCCAUUUUGACGGAUACAUAAAAUCUAAGUACUUACCUAGGGAAACCUAUACUAAUGUUGGCCCCCCCUCCACAAUGAUUGGCCCUCUUGCAUUUAUAAUAAAAUAAAAGAAAUGUGUGAAUAAAACACUAACUAAACUGUACACGAUGUCUUUUUCUUAUUCUUUGAUGGCAAUUCUUCAAUCUUCAGUAGUUACUUGACCGCUAUAAAUGGCAGUUUUUUGAAAAAUCAAAGUUUGAUUGUUGCCGGUCCGCUAAUGCUACUAAAAUGCAACCAUUUUAUUGAAGUCAGUCAAUAAGAGAUUUUCUAGCGCAAUGUCUAAAUUUUCGACAUAAUUACUAAGUUGUAACCACUGCAUAACUGAAAAAUGUAUUUUAUCAGAAUUUUACCUAAAAUUCAGGAAAACAUCAACGUUUUGGUGUGCCAUUCUUUAGUAUAAUCUCUAGUGGGAGUACAAUCAUUGGCACGAAUGUUAAUCACUAAAACGUAGGUAUU